AAGGAGAUGGAAAGGGAGCGCGACUUCGAGGAAUCGCUGUUCGCCACCGAAGAGACAGUGAUUCCCGGAGAGACCAAUCGCGAGACUGGUCUGGCGUCGAAGAAAACCGCCGAAACAGUGGCCGGAGCCGAGCGGCUCAUCGAAGCGCUGGACGUGUAUCGCGAAGAAGUGGCCGCUCGGCGUGAGUACGACGAUAGGUGUCGUGCGGCCGAAACCCGCGGCGAUAAACAAUUGCCGGCUCCCCCGGCGCCCAAUCCACGUAUGAUGUACUACAAGACCGACUGUCCGCACCGGUACGCGCUGGAAGUGCUGCGACGGAUCAAAUCCAACGAGUUGGAGGAGACACUGUUGACGCUGCCCUUCAAUUAUGUGGUGCAGCUGUUGGACGUGUUGGCCGACCAGUUGGCCAGGCGUUGGGAUGUGGAGCUCAUGUGCCGAUGCGUUUGCUUUAUAUUACGCGUAAACUUUGGCCAAAUCGUGUCGACGCCGUCACUGUUACCCACUUUGGAUCAGUUGCGACAACUGAUGAACGGAUCGGUAGCCGAUCUUAAG